AUCUAGGCCUGUACCUUCGACUGAAGGCCCGAGAUGGUUCAAUACCUGAUAAGGUAAAGCUGACCCUAUUUGCCUGGAAAUCCGAGCGAGCUUUCAUCCCAAACAAGGAACAGGUGUUGAUAGACUUUCUGUGUGGAUUACUGGUCAACAAGAAAAAGAAUAAAGUAUCAGAUGAAGAUAGCGUGUUGGUAUUGAAGUGCUUAUCUGACAUUUUACACACACAAAAAGCACAUCAGCCUAGCAAAUAUGGAAAGACAAUUAUCAUCAAACCUUCUAUCUGUCAGGUCCUGAUAAGCGCCCUAACAGAUCCUAAAGUUUAUUCAGACCCGACAGUCCUCAGCCUUGUGAUUGGCUGUUGCUAUGCUGUAAUACAUUCACAAUGUCUGGCCUACGUCUUCACAACCAAGUACGACCAUAUGGCUGGGUUGUUAUCAGCCCUGGUUCAGAUAGCAGUCAGACAUGUCAACACGGGUCGCAAACUUUCCACAGAACUUGUGGAACUUCUGGAGAAAGUCAUACACAUCUACAAAGGAUCCCAGAGAGCUCACCCAAACCAGAAACAGGUGCUGCAGAUGGUGACUUCUAAGCUGUUGGUGCCAGCGAUUAUGUUUUGGGGUUGUACUCGCACAGACAAGUCUGAUAUACAGCAUUUAGCCAAAACUCUUAUAAACAUCAUACAAAAUGGAAUCUUUGACAAGGACCACCAGGUGAGCUUCACUAUGUAUCUCAGUACUGUAUGUGGGGAAGGCGAGUCCAUGGCCUUUUAUCUCAAAACCAUUGAAAACCUCUUCAGCACAAUAUCCAGCAUACUCGACGGCAAGUAUUCGCUUAAACUAACAUCUGACAGGAGUAUGAAGUUGUUUACACUGGCUUAUCUCCCUUACUUCUUCAACGGUUUUAUUCACCACAAAUGCAACUCGGAUAAUAUCACAGCCCAUCGCCUGUUCCUCUACAUCUGCUCCCUGAUUGGUGUAAAGCUUGAUGACAGCGACCCCUGUGAACAAGCAUUAGACCCUGCACUUCUAGGGGUGAUAACCGGUCUACUGAGGAUGGCCCACGAGGCAGAUAUUUAUCAUGUUGCCAACGACAACGCGGCCGGUGGUCAACAACUACAGGCUUAUAGGACAGUUCUGGACGUCAUACUGAGGAGCGACAGAUGUCCUGCAGUGUACAGCUGCCUCCAACAGUUGUUGUAUCUCAACCACAUGAUCUUGGAACCGAGGAUAACAGAAGUUCUCGCCUUGUGUCUUCUGAAUCCGGCCCAGCAGUGUGAUGUGGCUGACAAAUUUCUCACAGAACUGAUAACCACUUAUGGCAAGUUACGACAGGUUCCAAAGUGGAUAGAGAAAGUCUUGGUGAGUGUGGAACAAUCUAAACUUACAAGCUGGCCAGGCUUUCCAACUUUCUUCUGUCAGAGGUGAGUUUUUGUAAUUACAGGACUUACGA